AUGAGUGUUUUGAAGUUGAUUGUGCACAUUUAUUUUUGGUUUUUCUCUGUUCAUGUCACUGCUCUUUGUGUCAUGGGUGAUCAUAAAUAUUAUCCUUCCUUUGCCGGACGGUUAUGUUUGGGUUCUUUUACGGGCUCUUUCUUUAAACGAUAUGAAGAAGACUUGAGCUAUUGUCCACGUUGGUUACCCGAUAAACGAUCUGUCGGAUGUGAGAGAAGCCAACAAGAAAGGUUGAUAAAUUUAAAUGGUCGCAUCGCCUUCAACAUAGAAUACAUUCCACCAAAGUGGAUAAACACUAGUCGACCUAUCGCACAUUCAAAGCAAUUUGUCUGA